CAAAAAUACUAAAACCGAAGAUUGACGUGGCGAGCAGCCUCACCACUGGUUCUUUGGUCCGAGUUUCCACUUCGAAGCAGAAGCCCCGAUCAUCAUUAGACCCUCCUCCUCGGGUUUAUGGGUUCUGGGUCGGGUUCGGAUUCGGAUUCUAGCUCGGCCGCCUGGAGCCGGGCUCGUGGCUUUGUCGUCAAGGCGCUCUUCCUCGCCGGAGGUGCUCUUCUUCUCAAGCGUCUCACAAAGUCCACCACUCGUUGGGACCACGCUCGCGCCGUUGCUCGCUCCCUCAGCGGCGAGAAGUUUUCGAGGGAGCAAGCGUCCAGGGAUCCUGAUAAUUACUUCAACAUAAGAAUGCUAACCUGCCGGGCAGCUGAGAUGGUCGAUGGUUCAAAGGUUUUAUAUUUUGAACAGGCUUUUUGGAGGACUCCUCAGAAGCCCUUUCGCCAAAGAUUAUAUGUGGUUAAGCCUUGUCCAAAGGAACUGAAAUGUGAUGUCGAGGUAAGCUCGUAUGCCAUCAGAGAUGCAGAGGAGUACAAAAAUUUCUGUGACCGCCCAAAGGAUCAGCGCCCACUUCCCGAAGAAGUUAUCAGCGACAUGGGUGAGCAUUUGACAACAAUGUACCUCAGUCGGUGCGAUCGUGGGAAACGAUGUUUGUACGAAGGCUCAACUCCACCGGGUGGAUUCCCGAAUUCAUGGAACGGUGCUAGCUAUUGUACAUCUGAUCUCACGGUUCUGAAGAACAAUGAGAUACACCUCUGGGAUCGCGGCUAUGAUGAUGACGGAAACCAGGUAUGGGGCCCGAAGAGCAACCCGUAUGAGUUCAAACCAACGCCAUCCUCCUCCAGCGUCGAGGACUUGUUCUCACCUUUGAACAUUCUUCCUCCUCUUCCCAUCAACGAUAAACCAAUACAAGGAUCCUUCAUCUUGCAAGAACAGUGAUUACCCUUUUUGAGUUUUUGUUUUCUAAUAUAUAUGCCACUUGUAACUGCAUGCGAGAACCUGUGUUUAUACGGUCAUAGCAGCGUGCGUUAUGCAGAAAAAGCUUGAAACUUUUCUCUUCGUUACGGUGGGAAAAUUAUCAGUUUUGUUCUGUUUGCUC